CCUGAAUGUAAUGUUGGGAUCAAACACUGGGCUCACUGGCCGGAUACCUAGCUUCAUAGGGAAUUGGUCAAAACUUCAAACCUUGAGGCUUCAAGGAAACUCUUUUGAAGGCCCUAUACCAUCGUCAUUUUCCAAUUUAACUUCUUUGACAGACUUGAGAAUAGGUGAUUUAUCUAAUGGCAGCUCUUCACUGGCAUUCAUUAAGGAAAUGAAGUCUCUAAGCAUCUUGUACGAUUCCAGCUUACAGUCAGUGGGCUUUGGUGCUAUGGAAGCCAGAGGUCCAUGGUGUUUGCCAUGGGCCCUAGGCAGGAGAGCAAGGAAACUCUAUGCUGCUACUGUUGUAUCAGCAAAGUGA